AUGGAUGUUCUGGAGGAGAAAAUUAAGGAAGCUGAAUGUUUCCGUGACGGCUUUUAUCAGCAUUUUCCGAAAUCCACAUUGGAAGAGAAAAAGCAAGCCGUUCGUGAAAAGGUCCUACCAUUAAUUCAGGAUAUUCCGUUGGAUAUGAAUGCACAUUCAUCGACAUCUGCACGAUAUAAUUACAUUUGUGGGCGAAUUUUAAACAUCUGUUUGGAUUAUGAUGCAAAUUGUGAAAGACAUCUGUCACGUGCUGUAAAGUUGGAUCCUUCAUUGAGUGAUGCGUGGUAUGAACUUGGCGAAUGUGUCCGGAAGAAAGAAGAUUUCACGACAGCUGUGGAUUGUUUUCGCAAAUCAGCAGCUCUCAAGCGAAGUGGGAAAUGUCUUGCCUCACUUGCAAUAGCACUUCGACAAAUUGCCCUGUCCACAACGGAAGCAAAAAUCCAGCAAUCAUUGCAAGAAGAAGCUGCUCAAUUGUCUGGUGAAGCAGUUGAGCUCGAUCCAUACUCUGAGAAAGCAUGGCAUACAUUAGGGAAUUCAUGUUUGAUGCAGUUCUUCUUCAAGUACCAAGCAGAUAUGGAACUUAUGAACAAAGCUCGAGAAGCCUAUGAAACAGCGCUGCAACUUGGUGAUGUACGUUAUAGUCCGGAUUUGCAUCUCAAUUACUCAACUGCUCUCAAAUUUGUCCAGAAUUAUGGAGAGUGUUUGAAGCAUUUAAAAAUUGCAACUAUUUACGAUCCGGGAUUUUUGGAAGCAAAAGAACGACAAGAAAUACUGCUAUCAUUCUUGAAACAAGUUAACGGUCACGUGCAGAAAAAGGGUAAAUUGACUACUAAAAAAAUGCGACAUUUCAAAUCUUCGAUAUCUGAUGAAGAUUUUGGAGUGUAUUGUAAAAAACCAUUCAAGAAGGAGAGCGGUAAAAUAGAAAUUCUUAGAACAGUUUUGUUUCGGGAGUUAAAUGAAGGAAUUAACGGUGAUGUUGUGAUUUGUGGCAAAGUUAUUGCAAUCAUCCUUAAUACAGAAGUUAUUCCAUACACAUUUGUUGGUUGUGACAAAGAAGGAUCUUGCUGUGCUUUUUCUGUGUAUAAUGCAUCGGACAAAUUUGGAUUGAUUAUCGGUGAUUCGAUAGCUGUACCCGAACCUCACAUUAUCGAUGUCAAGAUUACAUCUGAAGAAAGUGGAUGCGAAAAUUUUGACUUUCGGAUUGUUCGCAUCGUUAAUCCGUUGAAGAUGCUUAGAAAUGGUAAACCAGUGAAGAUGGACUGUGUGGCAUUUUGUAAGGUGGUUGCUGAUUUUGUUUAUUAG